AUGACCAACCGCCAAAUUAUUCAGGUGUUUGAAGAGUACCAAAAGGCACGCGUCAAGUUCGUGCAAACGGUAGCGGACUUGGCCUCCAAGCCGCAACACAUUGAUGCGCUGCAGCAGGCAGGUGUCAUGCAGUUGCUUCGGCCUCUUCUUUUAGACGGUGUUCCUUCCAUCCAGCAGUCGGCUGCCUUGGCGCUCGGCCGCCUUGCAAACUACAGCGAGGAGCUCGCAGAAAGCGUCGUCUCUGGCGACAUUCUGGCACAGUUGGUGUAUUCACUCGGCGACCAGAGCCGGUUUUACAAGAAAUCAGCGGCAUUUGUGCUCCGCAGUGUCGCACGGCACUCCCCGCAGUUGGCGCAGGCGGUGGUGGACAGCCAGGCGGUGGAGGCUCUCGUUGGUUGCCUGGGGGAGUUUGACCCCACCGUGAAGGAAAGCGCGGCAUGGGCGCUGGGAUACGUGGCGCGGCACAACGCCCCGCUGGCGCAGGAGGUGGUGGACAAGGGCGCCAUCCCACCGCUGGUGCUGUGCGUGCAGGAGCCGGAGUUGUCACUUAAGCGCACGGCCGCCUCAACACUCUCGGAUAUCGCGAAACAUCUGCCCGAGCUUGCGCAGGCUGUGGUGGAUCAGGACGCUGUCACGCACCUCGCCCCGCUCAUCAUGAGCAAUGACAGUAAGCUGCGGCGGCAGGUGUGCCAGUGUCUGGCGCAGAUUGCGAAGCACAGCGUGGAGCUGGCGGAGCUGGUGGUGGAAGGCGAGAUAUUUCCCAAGAUAUUUACGCUCCUCAAGGAUAGCGACGAGGCGGUGCGCAAAAACGCCGCCACGUGUAUUCGCGAGAUUGCAAAGCACACACCGGAGCUGGCGCAGUUGGUGGUGAACGCAGGCGGUGUGGGUGCCCUCGUGGACUACACGAGCGAGUGGCGGGAUAGCGCCCGUCUGCCGGGCAUCAUGACGCUAGGCUUCAUCUCCGCCUUCUCCGAGACCCUCGCCCUUGCCGUUAUCGUCUCGCACGGCAUUCCGCCGCUUGCGGAUGCGCUGGAGAAGGAACCAGAGGACCACAUCAAGGCUGCCGCCGCCUGGUCGCUUGGGCAGAUUGGCCGCCACAGCGCAGACCACGCCAAGGCGGUCGCGGACUGCAACGUGCUCCCCAGACUUCUGGAUGUCUACCUGAACCCGAACAGCUCCGACGACCUCCGCACGAAGAGCAAGCGGGCGCUGAAGAACAUCAUUGAGCGUUGCGUGCAGCUCCCCGCGCUGGAGCCGCUGCUGCACCCGGACGCGCCACAGAAUGUGCUCAAGUACGUGUGUGGGCAGUUUGCGAAGGUUCUACCGACGGAUAUUGCGGCGAAGCGCGAGUUCGUUGCCAACCGCGGCCUUGCCACCGUGCAGCGGAUAUGUCCCGAGCCCGGUUCGAAGCUUGCAGAGUACAUUCAAAGCAUCAACAACUGCUACCCGCCUGAGAUUGUACAGUACUACUCGCCGCAGUACGCCCAGACCUUCCUGGAGAAGAUAGAAAACUACCACGUGCAGCAGGUGCAGCAGAGCUGA